ACGAUGUGUUAACUCAAACCAUGAUAUAAGGCGCUGCUAUUUAGGCCACUAGGCAAUUCAAUAUGGACUUGCAUGCUGUUUAAUCCUAUGAAUGACAUAUCCAUUAAACAAGGUGGUUCCUAUGGCCCAGGAUGGGCAUGGAACCAUAAAACAAGUUGCUUUGAAAGCGUUUGCGGGCUCUAAUAACUCGGAAGGAGGCACGUAUGGUGGGAGAGCUUCUGCAGCCCUACUGGGUGAAGCAGGCAGUUCGGUGGGACUCAGUUCAGACGAUCUCGAGGAAUCGACUGGGGUACAGCAACUGGUUGAAUCGGCCGGCUUUCAGGGAGCACUUGCAGAGGAUUCCGGAUUUUCGCUCUUGCAUUAUGUCGCGCUUCUGGGGCAGACGACGCUCGCGGAAGCCACCAAGGUGGACACGCCGGCCGCUAGGCGUCGGUUCGCGCGGAUAGCACGGUACUUGCUGAAAAGGCAGGAUGACGACUUGUGGCAAAGGGAUGACAACAUCUUGAGAAUCAACGACCAGUAUGGGUGCAUCCCGCUGCAAUUGGCGGCUGCCUACGGCAACAAGGAGAUGGUGGAGGUACUGCUGGAGCCGUACGGCGGAGGAGAAGCAGCCGGAGGGGUAGCACUGGACAGGGAAAAGGAGAAGGCGCGUAGCCAUUACCUAAACCACCAGGACGCGCAGAUCCGCUUCACCGCCCUGCAUGGCGCCGUCAACCACGACCAGCACGACGUCGCCGUCCUGCUGCUCCGCAACGGCGCCAACCCGCAGAUCCUGGACAUCACACGGAACAACGCCUUCCAGGUGGCUCCCUCCCUGGAGUCGCUGCAGGAGCUGCUGAACUGGGUCGUGAGGGACAUCGACGCGGUGCCGACGCCAGCAAUUGCCCAGCUGAUGAUUGAGGUAAUCAAGCAGCAGGAGGAGCGCGAGAAGGCGGAUCGCGCUAAGACAGCGACUGUGGCGAACCCUGGCAAGGAGGAGGAGGAGGCCAAAGGGAAGGCGGACUGGUCCAAGCUGGUGACUUCUGGUACCAUGGACUACACGCAGCGCAUGAUAUUCACGGCGAUAAACAAGCUGGUGACGGGCCAGACCCAUGGGUCAGCCCACGAGGGUCAUAAAGCCGCGGAGAAGGAGGCACCCGCGGUUCCGCCUGCGGAGGCGGGUGGUGCGGUCGGAGGCAUCAUCAAGCGCCUCUUCAAAGAGCUGUACGAGAAGGAAAAGCACACGGAGCUCUGGCACUACGUGCAGGCGGCGGUUGACUACAAUAACUACAAGCUGACCAAGAUGAUGCUGGACCUGAUAUGCAAGGAGUGCCCGCGCGCACUGGCCAGCUGCAACUGGGACACCACCAUGGAGUCCCUCAUUGCUUGCUUCCCCGACCUCUUCCAUGCGCUGCUGUACAAGCUGCAGGACAUGUCAGACUUGGCCGUUGUGGGCUUCGUGCAGUCCCUGCGUCUGAGCACCCCGCCGCCCGCCGCCAGCAACAGCAAGAGCAACCGCCGGAGCAACCCGGGCACUGCCGCCGCCUCCCCACCCCCCUCAAGCCCCACGCUGCUGCAACGGCAACAGCAGGAGCAACCGCAGCAGCAUCAACAGCUGCAGCAGAUGACGCGCCGCCGCCUGCCCAGCCAAGUGGUCAGCAACGGCUCAGCGGCUCAAGGGAAGAUCCUGAUCUACCAACAGCUGGUGGAGGGACUCAAAGCGGUGAACUACGUUGUAGUGAAAGCGUUCUUCGAGAAGGCGCACCAGGAGGUGCUCAACGACAUGGCGCUGUACCCCAUCUUUGAGAACUUUGUCAUGCUCAUCGCGGACAAGCGGACGGCCGAGGGCUUCACCGAGUCCGACAGCAGUCGCGAGCGGCUGCUGGCCAUGCUGCGGGACUCCAAGCUGGAGGGGCCCGCCGUUGUGGUCGACCCACGGGACACCCGGCCCGCCGCCGUCUCGCCUAACAGCAGCCUGACGGACGGCAACAGCCACAUAGCCUCCAAGCUCAUACACCAGUUCUCCGUCAGGUUGCGUGCCUCCGUACGAACCACCGCCUCACGAGGCAGCUGGUGUCAGCUCCUAGGCAAGGGUGCUGGCGGCGGCAGCGCGCGGGGCAUUGACGGCGCCAGCAGCGGUGGCGCCAGCGGUAAGGAGGAGCGCGCCGCUAGCGGUGACCCACGGCUCAGCAGCACCGGCGACGGCACGGACGGGCGGCAAUCCUCCUCGGAAUCCUCGGAGCUGGCGGUCCAAACGCUGAAUGUGUCACGGGUGCUGCGGGCGGCGGUGCAUGCGGGCAAGUCGAUGAACGUGGAAGCCACGGUUCGCAGCAUCACCAGCUGGGUGAACCUGAACAGCAAGGACCGAAGGGCGGUGUUCAUCACGGGCAUCAGCACGGAGCUGCUGAAGGACCUGUCCAGGCGCUUCCCGCUGGGCUGUGCCAAGCUGCUAAACCUGGUGAGUCGCGACGUGUUGGAGCAGCUGGUGACGCUGCAGGUGGCCGCCAAGCUGCUGCUGCGGAAGGACCAGCUGGUCAAGUGCAGCACCGUGCGCAACCACUUCACGUGGCGCGCGCCGGAGAUGCAGCACCUGGCGGACGAGAAGGGCUUUUCGGAGCGAGUUGUGGACGCACUGGUGGACUACGGCAUUCCCUUCGAGUGCACCUACAAGGCGGCAUUCGACGGCAACGCCACGCGGGAGGACUUCGCGGCGCUGAUCGAGGAAAAGUUCACGGGCGAUGAGAUCCGGGUGCUCAUCUCCAAUGACAUCAAGCUGCCGGCGGUGGUGGACAUUAUCCGCGUGUGCAAGUAUCCUCCCUCUGAAGUGGAGGCGGACAACUUCAAGGCGGACUCCAUGACGGACCUCAUUCGCGACAUGAUAAAAGAGAAGCUGAGCUUCCGAAUUGUGGAGGCGAUCCAGGAAGCACGCACCAUGAACGAGGCAACCACCUACAUCAACUUCCGACCCGGCAACCUGCUCUACAACAACUACAAGAAGGAGCUCUACUACCCCUGCUACACAAAACACUUCAUUCAGUUGCUGCUGACCAACUGGCGCAAGGGCGUCAAGAGCGGCAGCACCUGGACGCAACGUCCCUGGGACAAGAAGUUCAUCGACACCAUCUUCGCGCCCAACGACCCGCUGUGUACGGCACUCAAGAGCGCGUACGACAACAAGCUGAAGGACACGCAGGUGUACAUUGACAAGCAGCAGGAGGUGGAUAGCUGGGCGCGGAAGCAGCGGCAGGACCAGAAGCUGGUGCUGAGCGCCUUCGUGUGCCGGCCCUUCCUGCUGCACCGCUGGCCCGUCUUCUUCCUCAUGCACCUGCUGCUGUACCUCAAGGACAGCACGCGGGUGCUGUGGCGGCGCAUGGGCUGGGAGUGGGGCACCAGCGCCAAGCAACACAGCGUGGACGCCCGGGCGCUGGUGAUUCCCUGGAAGGGCAUCGCGGACAUGGGCAGCGUGCGCGGCAUGCUGACGGGACUGAUCGACGUGGACGUGCCGGUGCGCUGGUUCGGCUUUGCGGCGGUCAAGGCGGCAAUCACCGUGCAGUGGCAGGAGUUUGGUCAGAUGCUGAUGCUCAUGUCGGCACUCGCGCACGUCAUUUUCAUGGCGCUGUACGGCGGGUUCCUGCUGGUGUUGCGGCAUGCGGGGGUGGAGGAGGAGGGGCAGACGGACAAGAUCCACCAGCGGCCUGAGGUGAUGGCUCUGCUGAUCGUGUUGGGGCUCAUGAGCUUCGGAGGACUGCUGGAGGAGGCGUCGCAGAUGAUGGAGCUGACGUGGCGCACCUGGCGCAACUACCUGGGCAACAUAGUGGACGUGACCUCCUUCGCGCUCUUUGUCGUACUGUUCGGCAUGGUGUGGUCGUCGUACCGGUACGACGUCAUCCUGGCGGUUGGAGCGGUUGAAACGCUCGUACUGUUCAUCCGGCUGGUGUUUUUCGCCUCCAUGACCGACUCCAUGGGCAGCCUGAUGCGCAUGGUGAUCGAGAUCAUUAAAGACAUGAGAUACUUCUUCACACUGCUCGGGAUGAUAUUCAGCGGCUUUGCCAUCGCCUUCGCCGUACUGCUGGGCCCCAGCAACAGCUACGAGGCGGUGGCGUUCAAGCUGUUCAGUGUGAUGCUGGGCGACUGGCAGUACGACUACUUGCUGGACAUGAUGCACACGGAGGACAUGUGGUACGUGUCCCGGCUGAGCGUGCUGCUGAUGAGCGUGUACGGCAUCCUGAUGUUGAUCGUGUUGGUGAACCUGCUGAUUGCCAUCAUGAAUGACACGUACGACCGGAUCAAGGAGACGGAGGAGAUCGAGGUGCUGCACAACCGUGCGCGCCUGAUAGUGGAUCUGGAGUCGCUGCUUACAAAGGAGAUGCGUGACAAGCUGCAGGAGCGGCUGCUGGGUGAUUACCUUCACGUGCUGGUGCCUGCCGACAACAAGUUCAACAAGUUCAUGGCCAGCUCCGAAACGGGGGAGGGCGAUUGGAAGGGCCGCAUGCGGGCCUUUUCCGAGGCCAUGAAGCGCGACGUCGAGCCCCGCAUACGCGGGCUUCAGGAGCGUCAGGAGGGCGAAUUCCGUGCCAUUCGCUCCGAACUCGACUACAUCAAGAAGUGGGUGGUGCAACAGAAGCGAGUGAUGGGCGAACUGUCAGAGUCUCCGCCGCCGGAGCGAUCAGACGGGCCGCAGCCCACGCCACGCCCAGGUCGCGCAGGGGGUGGCGCUGCCAACGCAGGGCGGGGGAAGUAGCGUACGGCGCUGUGGAGUGGGGAGAAGGAGGGUGCGGGGUUAGGCGGGGCGGCUGCCGUGCCAUGGCCGCAUGUGUGCGUAUGUGAGCUUUGGCUGGCAGGGAUCGCUCGCUUGUUUGCACGUCGCCGAGAGGCGUGCCUUGUCUUAUUAUGACCCUUGUAUAGAGGACGGUUACAAGUAGCACCGUAACCCGAGCAAGCAUGCAGUCGUUGACCGGUAGGGAGUUUGGCGCGUCGCUGACCUUGUGAUACACGUGACCAGGUGGUAAAAAGGGGAUGCAUGGUGGGGCAUAUGUUUUGGGUUGUUACAGCACAUCUACGUUGUCUGGGAGGGGAAGCAGGUGUGAGCAUGUUAGCUACUUCUGGUGGGGUUAUGCGGUGUAGUUAUGUCUGGUUAAGGUGAUGUACUUGCUUUCUAUACCCGUUGCCAGGCCUCGGAUGCCUGUUGAGUACUGCUGAUGAUGCUGUAUAGAUACCUUCUGGUGCACAUGCGUUGGGAAGAAGGGACUGCCGCAAGUGCGGCCACUGGAAUAAUAAAUACUAGGGGAAUAUUCCUCGUGUUAUGGGUUGGUGGGUCUCGUGAGACAGGGUGCUUAUCUUCUCGUGUGGCGGGUGUGGUGUGAGGCCCCCUUCAGGGCAGCUUCGAGUGGGGCCGGCCGGUAGGAGACUAGGGACACGGCUGUUAGGAUCGGAUAUGUAAAGAGGUAGGACGUAGGAGAGGCGGAAGUGAUGGCCUAGGCAGGCAACGCAUUCACGUCCUACUUGACUUCUCGGACAGGGUCGAUGGUGUGUUGAUGGUGGUAGCAGCGUAUGCAGUGUGUGCCCCAAAAGGCCCUUGACUUCAGGUACAGUACAAUGAGGAGCAAGGCCACCGUACAACGAUUGUUGCGAAGUAGUGUUCUGGCCGGGACAUGCAGCCUUUCCUUGUCGUUUUCCGGGUUGCUCCCGUGUUGACUGGGACGCGGCGAGGAGGGGGCUUUGGUAGGCGGGUGGAACUUCGAUGUUGGUGAUUUGCAUGGUGUCUGCUUUAGGCACUUUUUCGAGCGCACGAGGUGAAGGAAAUGUAUGAACUAGUGAGGAAUGGGCGUCCACUAGUACCGUGCAGCCGCUGCAUGCGUGUGAUGGCCUAUACAGGCUACCGGUAGCUGUCUGUCCGUGAACCAGUUUUUCAGAAGCAUAGCACAUAUCGGCGCAUGCACAUAUCGGCGCAUAGAAGACGGUGUCCCGUGUGUUUCCGGUGGCGCUGGAGGGUGGUGGGCUGCUGCCGGUGGAGCCUGUGAUGGGGCACUUCCCGACGAUAAUCGUCUGGCUCAUUGGAACAUAAAAGCUCUGUGACAGAAGGCCGAGUUUGCGGAUUCGUAUUGAGCUGCAAUGCAAAUGUUCGACGGUUCUGACUUUCCAGGCAGAUGCGCUCAACUGCCGGUCGCCGUACACUGAUGCCGAAUUACUGCUUUAUACUGCC